UUUUUCUUUUUCAACAGGAGAGAAGCCAAGAAGAAAUUCGUCAGUCCGAAGGUAGAGGGAAGAACUUAAGAAGCAAAGCAUCUGGACUGGAGAAGCUAUUUUUUUUUUCACUUGUAUUUUUCUCUCUGAGAGGGAUUUCUGUCACUCUUCUGUCAACUGUUGACUUGUUUGGCUCUCGUACAGACAGUGGAGUCAGAUUCGGUAGUUUUUGGUUUUCCAAAGGUGCGAAAGAGAGAGAGAGAGAGAGAGAGAGAGAGGGAGGAGCUCCUGUGCUCUGCAUGUCAGGACUCUGUUCAAAUGGUAAAUAGAUGGUCACAUGGGGCAAUCUUAGGUCUUCAGGGAGUGGGGGGGAGAAAAGGGAGGGAAAACAACAAGGAGUGACGAUACAGUGGAGGACUUUGGUCUGUCUGAUGGGCAGGAAGCAGGACUCUCGCCCCCUAGCUUAGAGGACGUUUCCAAAUAGAAAAUUUUGUAAUAUUUGCCAUGUUGUGGUGACACUGAAGAUUUAACACUUUUCAUCAGCCCCCUCCCCCGAAAGGGUUCUGGACUCUCUUUGGAAAUUAUCCUUUGUGGCAGAGGCCACUUCCAUCAAGCCUCUGCCCACUUUCUUUCUUUCUUUCUUUCUUCAUUUUUUGACACCUGACUGAGGAACCAAGAUGCCCACAAACUUCACUGUGGUAAAAGUUGAGGACAUGGGGGAUGGCAGCAGCAGUGGAGCUGCGGCUGGAGAAGGCAGACCGAUCAGUCUGGACAGAGUCUUCCAGGAAGAGGGGGAUGUUAGCAAUUCCCAGGAACCCGAACCAGAUGAUGAAAAUCACAAAGAGUCCACUCCAUUCAUUAACUCAAACAAUAACGAGGACUGCAGCUAUGAAGGCAAAAACAUGGCCCUGUAUGAGGAGGAAAUGGACAGCACCCCCAUGGUAGCGUCUCUUCUCAACAAGUUGGCCAACUACACCAACCUCACCCAGGGCGUCCGUGAGCACGAGGAGGCCGAAGAUGGGGUCAGGAGGGUCGCGGUCAUGGUUCCUCAGAUGGGCACUUUCAUUGGGGUCUAUCUGCCCUGCAUGCAGAACAUUUUAGGUGUCAUCCUCUUCCUCCGCCUGACCUGGAUCGUGGGCACAGCAGGGAUCCUAGAAUCGUUAGCCAUUGUUUCCAUGUGCUGCGUCUGUACUUUACUCACCGCCAUAUCAAUGAGUGCCAUAGCAACCAAUGGAGUUGUUCCAGCUGGCGGCUCGUACUACAUGAUCUCCAGGUCGUUGGGACCAGAAUUCGGAGGAGCAGUGGGUCUUUGUUUCUACUUGGGAACCACCUUCGCUGGAUCACUGUACAUACUGGGCACCAUAGAGAUCCUGCUGAUGUACAUCGUUCCUUUCAAUACGAUGAAAGUAUUAGACGAAAAUGACAUGCGUCUCUACGGGACGUGCUGCCUCCUCCUGAUGGCUCUGGUCGUGUUUGUUGGGGUGAAAUAUGUGAACAAACUGGCUUUAGUGUUUCUUUCCUGCGUGGCUCUCUCCAUCAUGGCCACAUACGCGGGAGCCGCCAAGACAUUAAUCGAGCCGCCAGCGUUUAACGUCUGUAUGUUGGGGAAUCGCUCUCUGAAGAACGAAAAGUUUGACAAGUGCGAAAAGACGGAACUGGUGACGAGCCUUUUCUGCGACCUCAACUCCACCUGCGAUUUCUUCGAAGCCAACAACAUGAGUGAAAUCGUGGCCAUCCCUGGGCUCCUGAGUGACGUCAUCAAAGAAAACUUGUGGAGCAACUAUGAUGACGCCAACGUGAUCAUACAGAAGAAAACCUCCCCCAGAACGCCUAAAGUCAAAGCUGGAAGCACAGAUCAGUUUUAUGUCAUCAAUGACAUCACCACAUACUUCACAUUGCUAGUUGGGAUAUACUUCCCUUCUGUCACAGGGAUCAUGGCCGGCUCAAACCGAUCCGGUGAUCUUAGAGACGCUCAGAGAUCCAUCCCAGUGGGAACGAUUUUGGCAAUUCUCACCACUUCUUUCCUCUAUAUCUCCUUUGUCUUUUUGUUUGGAGCCUGCAUCGAAGGAGUGGUGCUGAGAGACAAGUUUGGUUUCUCAGUGAAAACGAUGCCAGUGAUUGGUGUUCUCGCCUGGCCGUCCCCAUGGGUGAUUGUGAUUGGCUCGUUUUUCUCUUGCUGCGGCGCGGGGCUGCAGAGCUUGACUGGCGCCCCCCGUCUGCUGCAGGCCAUCGCCCGUGACGGCAUCAUCCCUUUCCUACAGGUCUUUGGUCAUGGGAAGAGAAACGGAGAGCCCACCUGGGCUCUUUUGCUCACAGUUGGGAUUUGUGAGAUUGGGAUCCUUAUUGCCUCUGUGGACCUCGUGGCCCCCAUCCUCUCCAUGUUCUUCCUCAUGUGCUAUCUGUUUGUCAACCUGGCCUGUGCCGUUCAGACGCUGCUCCGGACUCCCAACUGGAGGCCGCGCUUCAAGUUCUACCACUGGACUUUGUCCUUCUUAGGCAUGAGUCUCUGUCUCUCCCUCAUGUUCAUCUGCUCCUGGUAUUACGCCAUUGGUGCCAUUUUGAUCGCUGGCUGUAUUUAUAAAUACAUCGAAUACAGAGGAGCUGUGAAGGAGUGGGGUGACGGGAUCAGAGGUCUGUCCUUAAACGCAGCACGCUACGCUCUCAUUCGCCUGGAGGAAGCGCCGCUGCAUACCAAAAACUGGAGACCACAGCUUUUGGUGUUGUGCAAACUGAACUCUGACCUGAAAGUGAAGCAUCCCCAUCUCCUGUCCUUCACCUCACAACUUAAAGCCGGCAAAGGACUCACCAUCGUCGGCUCGGUCCUGGAGGGAACCUACAUGACGCGCAAGGCGGACGCCAUCGCUGGAGAGCAGAACAUGAAAGCAGCCAUGGCUGCGGAGCGGACCAAGGGCUUCUCCCACGUCAUUGUGUCGUCCAGCCUGCGAGACGGUUUCUCCAUUCUGAUCCAGUCAGCGGGACUGGGAGGAAUGAAACACAACGCCGUCCUCAUGGCUUGGCCCGCUGGCUGGAAGCAGGCCAGAGACUCCCUGGCUCAAAGGAACUUCAUAGAGACGGUGAGAGAGACGACGGAAGCCCACCAGGCUCUGCUGGUCGCGAAGAACAUCGACCGUUUCCCCGACAACCACGAGCGUCUGAAGGAGGGCGCGAUUGACGUGUGGUGGAUCGUCCACGACGGCGGGCUUCUCAUGCUGCUGCCCUUCCUGCUGAUGCAGCACAAGGUGUGGAGGAAAUGCAAAAUGCGAAUCUUCACGGUGGCGCAGCUGGACGACAACUCCAUCCAGAUGAAAAAGGACCUGCAGGUGUUUCUGUACCAGCUGCGCCUGGACGCAGAGGUGGAGGUGGUGGAGAUGCAUGACAGUGACAUCUCGGCGUUCACUUACGAGAGGACUCUGAAGAUGGAGCAGAGGUCCCAAAUGCUGAAAGAGAUGCACCUGUCCCGCACCGAGAGGGAGAGAGAGAUUCAGAGCAUCACAGAUGUGUCGCGUGGCUCCAUUAAGAGGAGGAAGUUGCCUGUCGUUGACUCGCCGCUCAACACUCAGAGCAUUCCAGAGGAUGAGGCCCAGCUGAUUCACGACCGGAACACGGCGUCUCAUUCUGCAAGCAACGACAAAGCAGCCGGCGCCGCGCCCGAGCACGUCCACAUGACGUGGACCAAGGACAAGCUGCUGAACGAGAGGAACAAGAACAGAGAAGGCAUGGCAGUGAAGGACAUGUUCAACAUGAAACCUGAGUGGGAGAAUCUCAACCAGUCGAAUGUGCGGCGGAUGCACACAGCUGUGAAGCUGAAUGAGGUGGUGAAGAAGAAAUCCAAAGGUUCCGAGUUGGUCCUGCUCAACAUGCCGGGCCCACCGAGGAACAAGAAAGGCGACGAGAACUACAUGGAGUUCUUGGAGGUUUUAAUGGAAGGCCUGGACCGUGUGCUGCUGGUUCGUGGAGGAGGUCGGGAGGUCAUUACCAUCUACUCUUAGCGUCUGGUUGCUCUCAUUCAUUUCACAUUUGGAGGAAACUUGACGACGCAGUGGGAAACCAGGCUGGAGGUUAACAAACGCCACGGCGGUAAUGCUGGGACAGAUCUCUCCUUCCACAGUGCCGCAGACGGAAGAAGUCGGUGUUUCAGUGUUGCGGUCCUGCUGCAAGGGGAGCGGGACUUGUCUGCUUGUAGAGAAGGCUCUCCAUCGCUCCUCACCUUGUUGCUGUUUUCACUCUUGCAUCACGUGGCCACACUGAAGAAAAAACGUCCUGCAUGCUUUCUGAAAGAACUGACCUUUCACAUGGACGGCGUCUGAUCCAGCAACGACCGUUUUCCUGGGGAAGAACAUCUUCCUGUCUGCAUGCACCAUCAGCUACUACAGGUUCACAGUGAAAUGGAGGCCAAACGAACAUUUAUUUAUUUCAGAGCCAGUUUCAGAUGCAUUUGGAACUUUUCUCAGACCAUAUAGUUUCUCAAAAACUGAUUAGUCUCACAAAAGGGUUUCAUUACGGAGAACGCAUUCAAAAGUAUUGAUGACGAGCUAAUCAGUAGUUUGGAUUUGUCGAUUCUUUGCUGAGGCUUUGGUUGCCUUUUCUCACUGUUAUCUUUAUGACUAAGUAACAAAAUGAAAAUGCAGUACCAUGCAUUUCUUCUCCUGUAUAUAAGCAAAUCUUUUUAGACAUAUUUUGUUAGAAAGCCACUUGUCUCAUUGGUAGAUACUCUUCAUGUUUUAAGUUAAUUUUAUUCAAUUGUUUGUUUUUUUUCCUAGAGCUGACGCUUUUCUGUAAUGAGUGCAUUUUAGGAUUUUAAACAAAAUAAUUUACAUUUUAAAAUGUAA